AUGGAACCACCGGACAUUCCACCUCCACCAUAUUCGGAGACAGAUAUAUACUCGUCCACUGAGCAUCAGCUAGCAGCACCCCAAAGUAGUCCACAUCACCAAGGCGACGAUGCAUCCAUCGCGGCAUCAUCUUCUUCUCACAGCAAUAUUGUCUACACACCUCCAGACACCCCACAGGACUCUCACCAUGGGUUUACAGGUGCAGAGGAUUACCAGACCACGGCUUCAGCCCAGGUGUACUUUGACACCCGUUCAGCGCCUGGUGGCCUAACAACCUUGUCGCCCAUCGCCCAUCCGAUCACCAUAUCCGAAGAGCCAUCUCCAGUUGAUUUCCCGUACCCGAACUGGGCGCCAAGCCGGGACGUGUCGCAGCAGGACUGGCGGACGUUCAUCAAUUAUCUGAUCCCGGAUUAUGCGGACAAGGCGAAUGCGCACAUCAUUGAUCGCAAGCUUCGGGCGUCUGAGGAUGGCGAUGCCCAGUCAUCUUCUGCAUCGACCAGAGAUAUCACGGAGGCGCAGCUGGAUCGGCUGAGAUCCUCCAGCGUGAGGCGCCGAUUCAAUGAUACUGUCAAAGAGUGGAAUGUCGGCUUCUUUGCGCCUAGAGGCGUGACCAUCAAGCUUACCGAGGACGGCACAGCCAGUGAGCCGAAGGCCAGGAUGCCGGGCGAAUGGAACAACUCCUUUGAUGCCGGCAGUGGCAGCAACAGAGAUGCGCCCCCAUUCGCCGCACCCGGCGGCGACCCUUCGUCCCCCCAUGAGAGUGGCAUGUGGCAGAGGCUGUUCGGGCCUCGAUUCCGUAUGAACACGAGCGAGCCGCUUCGCUUCGGACCUCUGACCAUCGAUGGCGACCGUGUCGCCAUCGGGACUGCACUUGAAGUUGACAAUCACGGUGUCCGCUGGAAUGGUCGAGACAUCUCCGAACACCUGCCCGGCGGCAGCGAUCGGGGGCGUUACACAAGCAGCCCCGGACGUGGACGCGGUGGUUGGUGGCAUGGGGCCGGUGAUUACCAGCAACGUCGAGAUGCGCACCAACAACGCCGUGAGGACUUCUACCGCCGCCGGAACGACUUUCACGAACGCCGCGGCGGACACGACGGACCAAGUCGUAGAGAUCGGUCGCAGUCCGUACAUUCUCAGUCGUCUGCCAGCAGCAGCUCGACAGCCGCCUCCGAGUCCACCGUGUCAUCAAUCGGCUCGCUACCAGAAUGGGAUGACCUCAAAGACUCGCAGCUGCCAGUCGUAAAGCAGUCCAUCCAAGCAUGGCUUUCCCAUCCGGAACAGUCGGUCACAAAAGCUGACGUUAAGCGCGCAAAGGCCGAGAUCAAGGCCGCAAAAUCUCUCCCGCAGCCCAGUACGGCUGAUGCCGCCCAGCGUCAAGAGAUCAAGACUCUCCUAUCUAUGUUUGACGACCUGAAGAUAACUCAGGAGAAGAACCUGCGAGUGGCCAAGAGGGAGAGAAGAGCACAGAAGAAAGCAGAGCGCAGAGCACGCAAAUCCCGAAAUCGCGGCGAGAGGAGAGAGGAAAGGCGGCAGCGGCGAGAGCACCGACGUUCUGAACGGGAGCACUCGAGACACGGGCGCCGCCACGGAGAUGUGCCUCCCAUGUCACCACCACCUAUGCCAGGCUUCAUGCAGCCGCCUAUGCCACCCCCUUUCCCGGCCUUCUCUGCCACCUCUGCACCUCCUGUUCCUCCCACACCGCCGCAUCCUCCCAUGGUGGGCGGUUCUCCUAAACCCAUGCCCCCGCCACCGAUCCCUCCCGUGCCUCAUAACGGAAUGGGUCCUUUCUUCAGCCCUGGCUCAGCUGGGCCCGGGUGUUCCUUCAGCGGCGGGCCGAGCCGGGGGGGCCAGGCUCCAUGGCACAAGAACGACACCCCCCAGCCAACACCAUGGCGCGAGCAGGCGGCAGAAGUACGGGCACGGGCACAGGAACACGCAGCCCGAGUGAGUGCGGACGCACAGGCCCGCUCCGCCGUACAGACGGAGCAGGCCAAGGCGCAGGCGGCGCAGACCAGGGUGCAUGCCAAGGAGCAGGCCGACCUAUCCAAAUCGCGGGCCAAGGAGCAGGCCGACUUAUCCAAGUCGCGGGCGAAGGAGCAGAAGGUCCUGGCGAAAGAACAGGCCGAGCUGGCCAAGGCGCAGUCGAAGGAGCAGGCCGCUCUGGGCAAGGCGCAGGCGAAGGAGCGGAAGGCCUUGUCUAAACAGCAGAGCAAGAGCCAGAAGGGGAAGGACAAGGAGGGGCAGAAACCGCAAGCUGCUGCUGGCGCCUCCUCACAAGCGCAGCUCGAGGCGAAAUAUAGCGCUAUCGAGCAAUUGGAGCAGCAGCGGUCGGGGAAAGCGGCGGAGCUGCGGAGCUUGCAGCAGGCGAUGGAGGCAGAGGCAGUUGCGGCCGCGCGGGCGGGCAGGGGCGACCAGAAAAGGACCGAGCCGACCCAGACGGAGCUGGCUGCGGAAAGGCUGGAAGGAGAGAUGGGGGAGCUAAGUCGCAGGGUCGAGGAGCUGCAGCUUGAGGCGGACGAAGAGUUCGCUAGGGUUGUGGACAGGGAAGACUCGGAUAUCAUGGAGGAGGCAAAGGUCAGGUGGCUGGAUUAG